CCACCUCCCCCCCCCACGUCUCUGUCUCUGUCGCCAGCUCUUCUCUUUGUUCUCUCACUCUCCCUUUGCGCCGCCGCAGUCCUUAGCUAUCGCCGUUAGCAGUUUCGUCAUUCAUCAGCAUUUUUGGAAGACGUGUUUUUUGAGUUAUCUGCAGAAAAGUACUUUUGACAGUUGUUUGGUUCGGUAUGGAUUCGGACUCCUUAAUGUUGGAAGCUCAAGAAGUAAAAUUAGAAGACGGUGCUGAAAGAGCCAAAAAUCGGAAAAGAAAGUUAAAUAAAACCGUGGAUAAUGCGCACGCCAUGCAAGACAAACUCGUCAAAAGGAUUAUAUUAUCUUUGACCAAGCCAUCUUCCGUUCUAGGACUUGGCCCAAGGACUGGCUCGAAGAUUGUGAGAUGGGAAAAUCGUGUCAGGUUAUGCUAUCUGUUGCGCAAGCUCACGAGACAGCAAAAUUGGAUAGAAUUAGGCGGCGUGCUGAGCAUGUUCUUAAAAGGGACAUGCAAGGACAGAUCUCCCGCAAACAAUCGUUUGAAGUAUUCGGUCUUUGUGACUCAAUAGGCGAGAGCUACCCUGUACUGAAACAGAAGAAGAUUAUGUGUGUAUUCAAUGUUGUGACAUGUAGGGGAGGCUCUGCGGAUGGGGGCUACCAGGGCGCCGCUUGAGGUGGUGAAGGGGGGAGUUCGAGACUGAGAAGGGGUGAAAUCGCAUAGUAACCCUAAUUUGAAGUUGGGUGAUUUGGGGGAGAUUGUAUUGGGGGCCGUCAGCCAGAGGAUGGGCCUGAAUACUAGUGGGCUGCAGAAUAAACUUAAGUUUCAAUGGAGCUUCUUAAGUAUAUGAAAAGUGAUCGUAUCAACCCCAGCAGGAUUAAGAACAUUUAUGACGUUUGGAUGAGAAAGAUUGGAUCAAUGAAAGAUUGCCCAAUAGAGGAUAAAUUUGUGGUUCACUCGGAGUUCAUCCUGUUCUGUCUUAUGCAUGAUAAUAUUGAGGAAGCACAUCAGGCUGCCCUUUGCCUUAAGCAAGAACGUGAACUUGGUGCUGUCCCUAUUUCAAAUAUGCUCUUGGGCUUGACAUUCUAUCAACUUUGGUACUCAACUAUCCCAAAAGAGAUGCAGUGGGGAGAUUCAGACCAGUUUUACUCCCCCAGGCGCUCGGACAUGUUGGGAACAAGAUUCAUCAACUCAGUCGGAAAUUCUGAGUGGGAUAAUGCAAAUGAUACUUACAAGGCAGAUAUUCCCUCUCGACAUGAUUCAGAAACCUCUGUUAAGAAUAAUAAACAAAUAUCUGGGGAUGCUGAUAUUAAUCAAUCCAGAGAAGCAUCUAUGAAUGUUGAUGUUGGUCUGCAAGGAGAAAAUCAUACGCAGAACUUCCAGCCUCAAGAUUUUUCGAUGAACUCUGAUGAAAAUACUGGAAAUGAAACCUCUAAUCAUGGUGAUUAUAUGCAGUAUGCUUCCAAUUUAUCUACCCUUUGGGGCAUCGAUACCUGGCUGCUGCCCUUUCAAUUGCCGCACCCUCCAGAGAAUCCUGAGGACUUCAUCAAUUUGCAUAGGAAAAUGCUUAAUGACUAUUAUAUGGAUGCAGUUAAGUAUUUUCAACAGGCUCUUCACUCAACACCCCCUUUGUCAGAGGCCUUACUCCCUUUGAUACAGUUGUUGCUGAUGGGUGGUCGAGUUGACGAGGCCCUAAAUGAGCUAGAGAAGCUCUGUUCUCAUUCAAUCGCAGCACUUCCUUUCAGGUUGAAGGCUAGUCUUUUGGAACAUUUUAAUUCCAACAACUCUGCCGUGCUCUCUGCCUGCUUUGAGGAUAUCCUAAAGAGGGACCCAACAUGUUCCCAUUCAUUGGCGAAGCUUGUCAGGAUGCAUCAAAGUGGGGAUUAUGGUCUUGAAUCCCUAUUGGAAAUGAUAGCUUUGCAUUUAGAUGCUACCUAUGCAGAGUAUAAUACAUGGAGAGAGUUUGCUUCAUGUUUCAUCAAACUUUCUCAAUGUGAAGAGGAUCGAUUGUCUGUGUGCAAGAAUGAAAACGAAGAUAUGCAGGAGCAACCUGACUCUAUUCAUUUUAGUAAGACCCCCAGGAUAUUUACAGAGGGGCAAUCAGGAAAGAGUUGGAGGCUUCGAUGCAGAUGGUGGUUGACACGUCACUUCACUAAAACCAUUCUUGAAUCAGAAAUUGCGGCAGGUGAUUUGCAGCUCCUGACUUAUAAAGCUGCAUGUGCAACACAUCUUUAUGGACAAGAGUUCAAAUAUGUUGUGGAAGCUUCUAAUUGUUUGGAAAAGCAAAAUGAGAGGGAUUUGUUCAUAUUCUUGCAAAAUCACAUGCAGAACUCAAUCGGAAUAUACUCAAACACAAACUCACGUGAAGAACUCAUUCAGCAUAUACUCAAACUUUCUCUACAAAAAUAGAUAAUAUCAUCUUCCAUUUUGAAAGGCACAGAAGUUCAUUUUCUUGAUUGGUGAAUUGUAAUCAUUUUCUCUACAAAAAUACUGCACGAUUAUUGGAAAAGUCAAGGGGCAGCUGCUUUUAAUAGAUGCUUUUUAUACAAUUCGACCGGCAGUUAUGGCACCUUGGCUGGAUAUCAUGUACAUUUUGUUACUCACUGGCCUGUGGAGAGACCCUUUAAUACAAAGUGAUUGUUUCUUCUUCACUGGCUGUUGGCUACCAUGAGGAAGAAACAAUCACUUUGUACUGACCCUUUAAUAGCUGAA